AUGAGCCUCCGCCGCCACGUGCAUCUGCUGUUGGAGAACCACAAAAAACGCGCCUAUUCGCUUCACCUCCUCAAGCGCGACCAUUUGUUCUACCCAACAGAAGAAGAAGCAGCAGCAAAGGCGCGAGCUCUGCCCAGGCUAAGAAAAGUGCCGCCGUUCUCACCUUUAGGGACCGUCCCAAGAAGGAAGAAGAACCAGGCGGCGCUCUCAGAUCGGUUGGAGAGUGUUAGGCUGUCGCCGGCAGUCUUCACCGUGCGGCCAUCGCCCUGCCCGACGGCUUGCAACGCCCACGCCCGGGUGGAAUUCUUCCCUCUCUCUGGAAGCAAGAUCUUCUUCACCGACAGCGGGGCACGCACCGCCUUUUUCGACACCGAGGCCCGCUGCAUGAUAACCGCGCCCAACCUCCAUUCGCCCAAGCACUGCCACCCCGUCGUCGUCUCUGUCCCCAGCCCCGGACCUGAAGAAUCUGCCGCAAGGACCCCGGUAGCCACGUUGAGACAUGGCACCGUGAAACAGCACUCCCGCUGCCGCCCUUCCUUGAUAGCACACGUCACCAGCCGCACACGUCGCACUCCCGCUGCACUCCCCCUGCCGCCCUUCCUUGAUGGCUCCGGCACCCACUGCUUCGACACGGUGAGCCGGACGUGGAGCCUGGCUGGUGACUGGCAGAUGCCCUUCUACGGCAAGGCCGAGUACGUCCCUGAGCUCAAGCUCUGGUUAGGCCUCUCUGCUGCUAACCCCGAGCUCCCGCGUGCGGCUGAUCUCUCCCCUGUCCCAAGAGGGCAUGGGCCGAAGCGGCGCUAUGUCUGGGGGGAUCCACACCUACCGAAGCAAUGGCUCCCGGCAUCCUAUGGUUCCAGCAGCAUUAUCAGUUUCGGUUCUGGUAGAUUUUGCAUCACCAACUUCUAUGAUGACAUGAACAACAUUGUGACGGAUGGACAAGGCGGUCCGGUCGGCGAGACCAUUGUUGUUUUCACUGGUCUGGAAGUGUUGUCUGGCAAAAAAAGUGGCAGUGAUAUGGGCAAGGGCAACGGGCUCCGUAUGAUUAAGCACAAGUCUUGUACAGUUGCUCAGACCGACUUCAUCCAGUCGAUACUCUGACUGAUUACGCGUCUUUGCUCAAAGCUCCAUUAUAGAAACAAAACAUGGGGCCAUAGAUUUGCAUUUCCGACUGUUGGUCCAUCCCAGAAGCAUAAGUAGUACUACGAUUCAGUCUUUUUGAAUAAGCAGUAGUACAAUUUAGUCUCCCAUCCAGGGUUAGUGGAACCGAAUCAUCACUAACACUAAGGUGUGCAAUCACUAGCAUUCCUAACCAACAGUAAAUUUUAAACAACAACUUUACAUUGCCGACACGGUAGCUUUGGACAGAAUUUACAUGCUCUUCUGUCGCACAGUUGAUUCAGUCUGUGGAUUCAGUUUCGAACGUCUGUCUCAUGUGAUUUAUGGUGAUGAAUUUAUAUAUCAACAGUAGUUGCACUGCAUGGUCCUUUCCUCAUCUGUGUCUAUGUUUCAAGGUCACAUGAAUAUCAAGUUGGCAAUCGAAUGGGAAAUUUAAUUGUGGUAAAUUGCAGUUCUACACUAGUUAUGGUCCCUUUUUGUUUUAGGAAACCCGGUUACUUAUUUAAGGAGUGGCGAGUCACUUAGAAAAAUAUGUGUACAUGCUAUGCAUGGUAGAUAUUUUGCAAUUUAGUUAAGUCUUCCAAACUCCAACUACUGAACGGCCUCUUCAGCUUUCUCUUAGCCUCUGAACUCUGAAGUACGCAUCCCUGAUUCCAUGCAGCCUGGCAGACACCUCCUGCAUUUUGAUGCGUUCACUUGGAGACGACUUGGUGCAUCCCAACAUUCAGCACUGAG